AGGAGAAGUUGACCUCAGUGACCUGGAUAAUGUCCUACAAAAUAUGGGGAUAGAGCUCACACCUAGAGAACACUUGGAGCUAGAAAAUUUACUCCCAAUUUAUGUUACAUCUAAUGGAAAAACAUAUAAGAAUAGGUUGCUGAACUGUGUGAAAGCUACAAAAGGGUUGCAAGUUGAUGUUCAUGACCUGGAUGCUGUUCUUAGAAACAUGGCAAUCAAGUUCACAGCUGAGGAGGAAUUUAAUGAGAUACCAGUUGAUGGAGGAGAGAUUGUCAAUGACAUGAAAAAAGUUCCUGGAAAUAUGGGAAUAGAACUCAAAGAUAAGAAACAUGGGGAGUUGGUGAACAAUCUGCCAAUUAACGGAGGGAAGAUUGAUGUGAGUGGUUUGAACAGCAUUAUGGGGAAAAUGAGGAUUAAUCUCACAGAAAAGGAACAGGAAAAACUGACAGAAAACCUGCUGCUUAAUGGUGGGGUUGUUGAUGUCAAUAAAGUGGGCUCUGUUUUGCAAAACAUAGGGAUAAAACUUACGGAAAAAGAAAUGAAUGAUCUGACACACAAUUUACCAAUUGAUGGAAAAAAGAUUCAUGUCAGUGACUUGAAGAAAGUUCUGGGACGCAUGGGGAUCGAGCUCACAGAUGAGGAACUCAUAAAGCUGCAGGAAACUCUGCCAAUUGAUGCUGCCAGAAAUGCACUUCAAGAUAAAAUCUUGGAUGGUGCGGAAUCUAUCAAGGGAGAGGUUGUUGAUGUCAAUAAAUUGGAUCCUAUUUUGCAAAACAUGGGAAUGAAACUUACAGGAAUGGAAAGUAAAGACUUGAUAAAGAACCUCCCUGUUGAUGUUGAUCAGAAGAUUGAAAUGAAAAAGUUAAUGGAUUCAUUGAAAGCUUUUAAAGGAGAAAAAAUUGAUACCAAUGAUCUUCUAAAAGUUCUGGGAAACAUGGGGGUUGAGCUCACUGAAAGUGAACUUGUGAAGCUGCAGCAAACAAUACCAACAGAUGGAGGAAUAGUUAAAAUCAAUAACAUAAACAAUGUUCUGGAAAACCUGGGGACUGAACUCACAGAAAAGGUACAUGAAGAUCUGACAGAAAGUCUUCUACUUCAUGAAGGAAAAGUUGAUAUCAACAACCUGAAACCACUUAUAGAAGAAAUGGAUAUCAAGCGCACUGGCAAAGAAUCUGAACAGCUAAGAGAAAAUCUACCUGUUGAUGAAGGGGAAGUUGAUGUCAGAGAUGUGAAAACUACUCUGAAGAACAUGGAAAUAGACCUCACAGACAAGGAAUGCUUGAAACUGGUGGAAAAUCUGCCUUUCAAUGCCUCUGAGAAAAUUGACCUGAAAAAAGCGAUGAAUAGAGCAGAAGCUGUUACAGGAGAGGACGUUGAUAUCAAUGACAUAGAAACAAUUCUAAGAAAUAUGGGGAUAGAACUCACAGAUAAAGAACUGUCAGGAUUGAUGAAUAAUUUGCCAGUUGAUAAUGGAAAGAUCUGUCGAAAAAGGCUGCUGAAUGGUAUAAAGUUUCUUAAAGGAGGGAAGAUUGAUUCCAGUAAAGUGGAUACCGUUUUGGGAAACAUGGGCAUGAACCUCACUGAAGAGGAGCUUAAAGAUCUAACACAAAACCUGCCAAGUGAUGCUAAUGGUAAAGUUGAUCUGGAAAUGAUGAUGAAUGAAGUGAAACCUUUUUCAGGAGACAGAGUUGAUACCAGCAAACUUGAGAGAGUUUCGGGAAACUUGGGGAUUAAGCUCAGGCCUAAUGAAUACUUGAAUUUGCUGAAGACCCUGCCAGUUGAUGAAGGCACUAUUGAUGGCAGUAAACUCGACACUUUUUUAGAAAACAUGGGAAUCAACAUAACCGAAGAAGAAUUCAUGGAUCUGACAGAAAGACUGCCAUUUAGUGAUGAAGGGGAAGUUAAACUAGAUACAGUGAUGCAAGAAUUGAGCACUGUUCUAGGAAAGCAGAUAGAUGUCAGUGACAUAAAGAAUGCUCUGAAAGACAUGAAAGUAGAAGUCACAGAUGAGGAAUACUUGAAUUUAAUAAAAACUCUACCAGUUAAUGCUGAAGGAAAAGUGUUUCAAAAAAGGUUGCUGGAUGGUGUCAAGAAUCUUAAAAGAGGGAAGGUUGAUGUUAAUAAUCUAGACACAUUUCUGGAAAAGAUGGGGAUUGAUCUUUCACAUAAGGAACUUGAAGAUUUUUCACAGAACCUACCAGUUGAUGUUGAUGGGAAGGUUGAUCUGAAAGCUGUGACACUGAGAAUGCAAGAUUUCACAGGAGAAAAGAUUGAUGCCAGUGAUCUGAAAAAUGUUCUUGGAGAGAUGGGGGUAGAAGUCAAUGAUAAGGAAUGUCUGGAACUACUACAACUACUUCCAGUUGAUGGUGAUAACAAAGUUUUUCAGAAUAGAUUGCUAACAGUUUUGAAGUCUUUCAAAGGAGGAAAGGUUGAUGUCAAUAAACUGAACCCAGUUCUGGGGAGCAUGGGGAUCAAGCUCAAAAAUAAGGAAUUUAAAAGUCUUAUGCAAAGGCAACCUAUUGAUGCUGAUGGAAAUGUUCCUCUGAAAAAAGUGAUGAGUGAUAUCAAAGCAGUUACAGGCAAGUUAAAAGUUAUCAUAAAGAUUAAAAUCCUAACUCUUUAAUAAUAUUUUCCCAUCUUG